GUAACGUGUGUGGCCUUUGCAACAGAGAGGCGCAAAGCGGCGGUGCUUCAGCUCAAACCGAGCCCAGCCCCCCACACGCCAAACCGGCCUGGCUCGAGCUCAACAAGGGGAGGGAAGCGCGGCUGUUGCUGAAGCUCCUACCCUCGCUGCUGGCAUUUCAUCUACGUCGCAAUAAAAGAGCAGUCACUGGGCAGUUUCUUUGACGUCUUUUGGUAUGUUGCUACCAGACACAACCGGCCGGUUGAGAAGGUGUUUUCCGUAGCCGUUUGCGGUAUUAGUAUUGGCUAACGGCAGUUUGGCACAAAGGCGUUCAGUCAGCUACUAGCCGUUGGUAGCUAGCUUGCUAACAACACAGCCGGUGAGGACGAGUACAUCCCAGCGCAGCCAUACCCGGGUUAAUCUGUUGACUCGCUCCGGGGGACAUGCUAGCUAUGUUGUGGUAGCUAUUUAUCUAUAACACCAGUCAAGUGUUUGUAUUAGCUGUGGCUACUCAUGACGAGGACACUUCACUUUACGCUUCUGCAUAGCUGGGUCGCUGGCUGUGUGAUUUUUUUCUUUCCAGCUAGCCACGGCAGAGCUUGGGUCUGACACAGAGGGGAUGGUGGUGGCGGUAGCAAAACAAGCUAACGUUUGUUAUUCCGUUUGCGUGAAGAAGUGAGUGCAAGAAGUGAGGAAACAGUUCAGCCGAGUGGGAGUUCACAGUUUUGUUUAUGCUAAUUUUAAUUCCGGGGUGGAAGACGCUACGACGAGUCUGACAAAUCCUUGAACACAGCCGAACUGAAACUAGGAAUAUCGCUGACUGAUCGAAGGGAUUAUUUUUGUGUCUCUAAGUGGAUUUCGGCCUCCUGUUCGGGAUCGUCGUGGGAACACGGUCGUGUUUUGACAUUGAGUGAGCCCACUCCCACAAAAUAUACUCCCACCUCCCCCUGCUUCACCCUCCGAUGCGGAGAUUUCAGUAGCACCGGCAACCAAAUCCCCCACGGCGGCCGGACAUGCUGAAGUGUAUCCCCCUGUGGCGCUGCAACCGCCACGUCGAGUCGGUGGACAAGCGGCAUUGCAACUUGCAGACAGUCCCUGAUGAGAUAUUCCGCUACAGUCGCAGCCUGGAGGAGCUUCUCCUCGAUGCCAACCAACUCAAAGAACUACCCAAGCCUUUCUUCAGACUACUGAACCUAAGGAAGCUCGGCUUGAGCGACAAUGAGAUCCAGAGACUCCCUCCUGAGGUGGCCAACUUCAUGCAGCUGGUGGAACUGGACAUAUCCAGAAACGACAUUCCUGAGAUCCCCGAGAGCAUUAAGUUUUGCAGGGCCUUGGAGAUUGCAGACUUUAGUGGAAACCCCCUCUCCAGAUUGCCGGAUGGUUUCACUCAACUCCGAGCGCUGGCUCACUUGGCACUCAACGACGUGUCAUUGCAGACUUUGCCCAAUGACAUCGGAAAUCUGGCCAAUCUCGUGACGUUGGAGCUCAGGGAGAACCUGCUGAAGUCUCUGCCCACGUCUCUCUCUUUCCUGGUGAAACUGGAACAGCUGGACCUGGGCAGCAAUGAACUGGAAGUUUUACCGGACACCCUCGGCGCUCUGCCCAACCUGAGGGAGCUGUGGCUUGACCGUAACCAAUUGUCCUCAUUACCACCAGAGCUGGGGAAUCUCCGGAGACUGGUGUGUCUGGAUGUGUCAGAGAAUCGUCUGGAAGAGCUUCCCUCAGAGCUAAACGGCCUUCUGGCUCUCACCGACCUGCUGCUCACACAGAACCUGCUGGAGGUCGUCCCUGACAGCAUAGGCUGUCUGAAACAGCUGUCUAUCCUGAAAGUGGACCAGAAUAGACUGACCCACCUGACUGAUUCGAUAGGAGAGUGUGAAAACCUUACAGAACUCAUCCUGACAGAGAACCUAUUACAGUCACUUCCUCGCUCGCUGGGCAAGCUGAAGAAGUUGACCAACUUGAAUGUAGACCGCAACCGUUUGGGCAGCGUGCCCAAAGAGCUGGGCGGCUGUGCCAGCCUCAACGUUCUCUCAUUAAGAGACAACCGCCUGGGCAAACUGCCUCCUGAGCUUGCAGAUGCCACUGAGCUGCAUGUGCUGGAUGUGGCUGGAAACAGAUUACAAAACCUGCCUUUUGCCCUGACAAACCUCAACCUGAAGGCCAUGUGGCUCGCAGAGAACCAGUCCCAGCCGAUGCUCAAGUUCCAGACAGAGGAUGAUGAGCGUACGGGGGAGAAGGUGUUGACCUGCUAUUUACUGCCUCAGCAGCCUUCCCCGAGCCUCGAGAAUUUGCUACAGAACAGUGUUGAUGACAGUUGGACGGACAGCAAUCUGAACAGAGUGUCAGUCAUUCAGUUCCAGGAAGAGACCAAGGCUGAGGACGAGGAUGAUGAGGCUGCUGCAGAGCGCAGAGGCCUUCAGCGUAGAGCCACACCACAUCCGAGUGAGCUGAAAGUGAUGAAGAAGGUGAUUGAGGAGAGGAGGAACGAAGCGUACUCAUCCAGACCUGAUGGAGAUGAAGAGUCCUCUGACCCACAGGAGAAACGGCUCAGUGACCUUUCCAAUCAGAGCCACGACUCCCAGGUGUCCAACAGCACACUGUCAGCCACCUCCCAUGAAGAGAGACGGGAGGUAACCGUCGCCUCGCAGAGAGAGGACCUCGUAGACGGCCACUCCCCUCACGAGGAGGAGGAACUGGAUGAGAUGGAGGUGGAGUACAUUGAGCCCACUGUGCACUUUGCAGAGGAGCCCAUCAUCCGUGGUGGGGAUGAGGACGAGGAGGAGGACGGGGAGGACGGUGAGAGGAGCGACGAGGAAGACGAGAGGCCGGCUUUUCCUGCGGAGAAGCAGCGUCUGAUCAGAAAGGACACGCCACACUACAAGAAGCACUUCAAGAUCACCAAGCUGCCCAAACCCGAGGCCGUUGCCGCGCUGCUGCAGGGCUUCAGUCCCGACGGCCUCAACUCUCCCACGCAGACCGCUGAAGACGAGCAGGACGAGGAGGGAGAGCAGAGUAUUAGCACCCCUCAACGCCAUCACAGACUGGAGGCGCCGGAGCUGGAAGACAGCCGGCAGGUCAACUCCAGCCAAGUAAAGGGGGUGUCAUUUGAUCAAGUCAAUAAUCUGCUGAUUGAACCUGCUCGAAUUGAGGAGGAAGAGCACACCCUGAACAUCAUGAGACAAACAGGCGGCCUGGGUAUCAGCAUUGCUGGAGGGAAAGGAUCCACACCUUACAAGGGAGAUGAUGAGGGAAUCUUUAUCUCGAGAGUAUCUGAAGAGGGCCCUGCAGCCAGAGCCGGGGUUAAAGUGGGAGACAAACUCCUAGAGGUGAAUGGAGUAGACCUUCACGAAGCAGAACACCACACGGCGGUGGAAGCUCUCCGCAGCUCUGGUGCUACAGUUUCCAUGACAGUGCUGCGCGAGCGCAUGGUGGAGCCGGAGAACGCCAUCACCACCACGCCACUGAGGCCCGAGGACGACUACUUCCCACGGGAGAGACGGAGCAGCGGGCUCGCCUUCAACCUGGAGCCCACCUCAAGCGGGCCUCAGCAGCGGCUCUCCACAUGUCUGAUCCGCAAUGACAAGGGGCUCGGCUUCAGCAUCGCAGGGGGAAAAGGUUCCACACCCUACCGCACAGGAGACACGGGAAUCUACAUCUCUCGCAUCGCAGAGGGUGGAGCGGCACACAGAGACAGCACGCUGCGUGUAGGCGACAGGGUGAUCUCUAUCAAUGGUGUAGACAUGACAGAGGCCAGGCAUGACCAGGCAGUAGCGCUCCUUACCGGCACCUCCCCCACCAUCGCACUCCUGGUGGAGCGAGACCUAAAUGCACCAGGAGGUUCUCCAGGUCAAUCCCGGGCACGAGCCCACUCCCCUCCACCCCCAGAACCCUCAUAUUCUCCAGACCAGGAGGAGGAAGCCCUUUCCCCUCAUGGGAACCACCUGAGCCGGAUGGAAGAUGAGUAUCCCAUCGAGGAAGUGAUUCUGAUGAAGUCAGGUGGUCCUCUAGGCCUGAGCAUCGUGGGAGGAAGUGACCAUGCCAGUCAUCCAUUUGGCAUCAAUGAACCUGGAGUGUUUAUCUCAAAGGUGAUUCCCCUCGGUCUGGCAUGUCAAAGUGGAUUGCGUGUUGGCGACAGAAUAUUAGAGGUGAACGCCAUCGACCUGCGUCAUGCCACACACCAGGAAGCUGUACGCGCGCUGCUGGCCAACAAGCAGGAGAUCCGUAUGUUAGUGCGGAGGGACCCUUCACCACCUGGGAUGCAGGAAAUUGUGAUCCAGAAGCAGCCGGGGGAGAAGCUUGGUAUCAGUAUUCGUGGGGGGGCCAAGGGUCAUGCAGGAAACCCGUUUGACCCCACAGAUGAGGGCAUUUUUAUCUCUAAGGUGAGUUCAAGUGGUGCAGCUGCCAGAGACGGCCGACUGCAGGUUGGCAUGCGCAUCCUCGAGGUGAACAACCACAGCCUGCUGGGGAUGACGCACACAGAGGCAGUGCGAGUGCUUCGGGCCAUUGGAGACUCUCUGGUCAUGCUGGUGUGUGACGGCUUUGAUCCACAAAACCUGGCCACCGUGGAGGCGUCCCCUGGCACCAUUGCCAACCCGUUUGCAGCAGGCAUCGUCCGUAAGAACAGUAUGGAGAGCAUCUCCUCUAUAGACAGAGACCUGAGCCCCGAGGAGAUAGAUAUCAUGCAAAAGGAGUCUGAGAUGGUGAGAGAGACAUCGCAGUGGGAGCGAGAAGAGAUGGAGAAAGUGGAGCGUAUGCGCUUGGAGCGAGAGGAGGCAACUCGCCUGCUAGAAGAGGAGACAGAGAACAUUGGCACUGGACCUCUAAAACUUGACUACAAAACCCUGGCUGCGCUGCCCACCACCAGUCUGCAGAGGGUCAACAGGUCCUCUACUUCUGUAAGUCUGACUGCUCCCAUGGAGGCCCCCCUGCAGGCCCAGUACAGAGCCCCAGUAGAGCCCCCGGGCUUCAGCUUAGACCACCCCACAAAUCCCCUCAGCCACAUGGACCCCGAGUCCUGCCCCAGUCUGAUCACGGAGAACGAUUAUCUUCGAGGAUCCCAAUUCUCCCCUAACGGAACCUCCACCGCCGACAGCAUUUGCUCGACAACAACUAUCGAUUCAACAUUUGUACCUGAAGAGGAGGAAUGCCUGGUGGACUCUCAGCCUAUCUGCUUCAAAGAGAACCCAUUCUUGGUGGCUAAUCGCAAAGGAAAGAGCCUUCCUCCUGGAGAGCAGAUCCUGUCAGGGCCUCCCGUGGGUUACGGGAAGCAAGGCCAACUGCAGCCCUGGUUGUUCAGCAAGGCGCCUUCCUCUGAUUACACCAGGACUGAGAGCCCAAUCAGAGAAGCACCAUACUCUCCUACGAUCCAACCGCCCAGCGACCAUUCUUCCAACAGCUCCACGUGUGCUGGCAGGGAGACCCGUUUUGCAAACAUUCAUUACACCUCCACUCCCACUGCAAAGGACAACACGCCAUCAUCCACGCGACCAGGUGCCAUCCAGCCAGUUGGGCGUGUGCGGCCAAGUACCUCUCCGGCCACUCCGGACAGCCACAGUCCCAACCCCUUCCAGCAUGGCCCCUCCCCCUUCAACUCCCAGACCUCUCCUCGCGCCCCCUCCCCCACCUCGCCUGACGAGUUCCCCAUGAAUGUCAAGCAGGCAUACAAGGCGUUUGCCGCCGUGCCUCGCUCACUGGCAGUGCUGGAGCCGCCGCAGGACGUGUAUGGUGUGAGGAACAAUAUCCACCCAAAGCAACCUUCUCCAGAGCCUGAGUUGAUCAACGAGGUGUUUGAUGAUGACAUAGAGGGUCAGGAGGGAGCUGGCACGGGUGAGACCAGCAAGGUCUCGCCCCGGCCCUCCCUCUCACCUGACCGUCGGGAGUAUAUGAGUCUGGCAGCAGUGCCUCAUCUCUCCAGGGCGUCCCUGGACCUUCAGAGUCCUUCACCUGCUGGUAAGGACAGCCCAGAGCAGCGCUCUUUCAGGGACAGACAGAAGUACUUUGAGAUUGAUGUGAAGCAGCAGACACCAGAAAAGCCCAAACCUCGAGUCUCCCUCGUAGGAGAGGAUGACCUCAAGAAGAUGAGGGAGGAGGAAGAGAGGAAGUUUGAACAGCGGGCGCGGGAGUACCUGCUGGACGAAGAUGAUGAGGAUGAAGAGGAGGACAUUGCGAAGCAGGUGGCACAGAUGAAGGCCACAGGAAAGGUGUUGCUGGACGGAGUGGAGUACAAGGUGGAGCCUGCAUCCACCCCGUCUCGGCACUGCUCCACACCACCAAGCUACAACGUCACACCACCGAGCUACUGUGGCAGCUCAGGGCCUUCUUCAGUCGAUGGUAAGGGAGACUCUCAGAGGAAUUCACUAGAGGACAGCUUCAGGCUGGAGCAGCGGCCUAACUCCAUGACUGGUCUGAUCCCAGUAUACCCCGGGGAUUCAACGGCUCCCAUCCGCACAGCCAAAGCAGAGCGCAGACAUCAGGAGAGGCUGCGCAUGCAGAGCCCUGAACUGUCUGUGGCCCCUGACAAGGACCUGUCCCCUGCUGAGAAACGAGCUCUGGAGGCAGAGAAAAGAGCCAUGUGGAGAGCAGCACGGCCCUCUGGCCUAGAGGAGGAUGUUAAGCAGUAUGAGCAGGACCUGGCUAAGAGGCUCUACCAGGCCCGAGUGAGGGCAUCUCAGGGCACGGCCGUGGCCCCCCAGCCCCCCACCUCCUCUACCUCCUCCUCUGCAGCCUCCCAGCUCAGAAUGAAGUCUCUGGAGCAGGAUGCACUGAAAGCUCAGAUGGUCAUUGCCAAGUCUCGGGAUGGGAAGAAGCGUGGAACGUUAGACCAGUUGACAGAGUCACCUUCGCCUGCACCCACACCCUCUCCCACCCCUAUGGAAGAGCUCAGUCCUCGAGGAGUAACCUCACCGGGCAGGCUGUCCCUGUCGUCAAAGAAGUUUGACUACCGACAGUUCGCUGCCAUUCCUUCUUCCAAACCCGUAUACGACAUCCAGUCUCCUGACACAGUCGACGACAUGCAGUUCAUCGAUGACGGCUCCAGCAAUCCAGGGCCCGCUGCAAACCCUGAGGUCGAGGUUCCCUCCCCGCUGCCUGCCACCUCAGCCCUGGAGGAGAUGGCUCUGUACAGCAACAAGCGCAAACUGAGGCAGGGUCGCCGCAGCCUGGAAACCGCUGUGCCCACGUAACACCUCACACUGAGAGAAGAAAUCCGAAGACACAAUGCGAACACACACACACACUUACAUACACUGUGGAACACUGGCAAAACACACGGAUGCAUCCACAGGAGGUGCAGAGUCACUAAAACACUACACACUGUCAGUAGAGCGAGAUUUACUCUCCCAUAUAUAACCACUGCAGAGACUGCGAAGCUGAUAGUCGCCACACAUACACAUUCACUUAUAUCCUGCGUGCCAGUCUUGCCUUUACAGUCUGUGGAUGAGUUGGCAAGGAGACAUUGCUCAACAGUCCCUCGAGGGCAAGAAAGUGCUAGUGUGGUUAGUUAGGAUUGCUACUUAACAGACCAUUUCCUUUUGUUUGUUGUACACUCGGUUCGCCUAUUAGAAGCUGAUCUAUUUUAACAAGGUGACCGAUGUUUUUAGUUUUUUAAUUUUUUGCACCUCUGAUGAUUUUGCUGUUCAAAAAAAACAUACUGGAAGAGGAAAGAAAUGGGUAAUAGCUAUACUAACUUGUUGAAUGAUAUUUUUAGGCUUUCAGUGAAUAGAUUGUAAAAUGUCAGGGGGGGUUUGAGACUUGGGCAGACAGGAGUGUAUAUAUUAAUUUAGGAGGGAACAUCCUGCUACCUUCACAGUCACAAAUUGUGGAGAGCUUUAAAAAAAGAAAAAAAAAAAAAAACUACAAAAAAAAAAAUAGUACAUAUCGUUUUUGCACUGCCACUGAUCAGCUUUUUAAGAAGGUAUAUCUUAAAUAAUUUAUUGUUUUUAUUAUUUUACUCAAAUUGAAGGGCCUCUAUUUUACACAGUUUUAACCUAUCCAGUCCUUUUGAGUACAAAGAGGAUGACUGAUGCUUAUCAUAAUUUAUCAUUUAAAAUGAAUUUUUCGGUGAGUCUGGAAGUCAAAACUUUUAGCCAAUGAAUUGCAUAUCACUUUUUAAUCAUGUAGUGUAACUUUAUACACCCUUCUGAAGUCACCAGGGGUUUUUAAGGCAAGCAUAUCCUGCUUAGAUUGCUUUGAACAAGGUCUGGCUGUUGCACAUCACAUGGUAACAAGUCAUACCAUAAAUGUUGUGACUCUUGUCUCAGCAGACUUCAAGUGAGCAUCUAUCCAGAUUUAUUGAUUGUGUAACAUUCCCCUUGUAGAGAAUAUGACUACACUGGAGGCAGCAGCAGGCAGUUUACUCAACAGUUCAGAAUAUUGAAUAUCAAAGUUUGGGAACAUGCAUUUUUAGCAUCAUUUAUUAAUUAAUGGUACUUACCCUGCCCUAACUAGGGUAAUGUUUGUUCUUUUAUUUUAAUCAAUGUGAACCAUUCAUUUCUAUCCUUGCAUUAUCUGGAGGUAUUCCAGAGUGACGUGAAGGUAGCAGGUGUUUUAUUUUUCUGUCUAUGGUUAAUUUAAAUCUGAUGCCACUGAAAAAUCAUUUAUUAUUGUGUGAAUAAUGUACAAAUACUGAGAGGAAAGCAAACUUUGGGUGUGAAACUGAGCCAGUCUUGACCUAGACCAAGUGUCUGGACUGCUGAUGCAUCUGGGUUUGGACAGGCUUGGUGCUGGGAUGCUCUCUGCAUGUAUAUUGGUUUGUUAAUGGGAGAGCCGAGAGAGGCGGAACCGAUUUUAAAAUCCCUCUCGAGACAUCGAUCGCAUCAGACAUUCAGUUCAUUGCUUGACAUACUGUCAGUUUAUGUAUCUGGCAGGUAUUUUUGCAGAAUCACAGCAUAGUAGCAUUUGUGUUAAUUUAAUGUAGGGUCUUCUAAUUAUAGCUUUCCAUGUUGCUCUCACUGACUGAAAUUCAGUUUGUUUGAUAACAUUUGCAAUGGCUGAUAUCUCUUUUUUUAACUUACAGUAGGUAAAAAAAAUUUUCAGAUGGUUUUCACUACAUUAUUAAUGCAGUGUUUCAAGUUUUUUGUGUUAUUCUGUUGUCUUGAGUUCUCUUCGGGGGCUAUUUACUUGCAAAUAGGUUGGAGGGAAAGGGUCAGAAGUCCUAGAGUCAUGGGGUAGAGCUCAUACAAGACUGUAACUAGUGAAUUUGUACAACCAAAGAAGUCUAUUUUGUGGUUCAGGAAUAAUAAAUUUUACUUUUCAUUUAAGAAGCUGA